AUGGUAGAGAACAUCCUUAUAAAGGUUGAAGACCUUUACCUCCCUGCAGACUUCGUGAUACUUUACAUUGGAGAGGACAAAAAUGACUCUAUCAUCUUUGGAAUGCCCUUCCUAGCUAUUGGGAAUGCCUUGAUUAAUGUUAAGAGAGGUGAGCCAACUCUGAGACUAUGGGAGGACCACAUAUUGUUCAAGACGCCCAACCCUUACUCUCUCUCAAAGAAAGGAGGUACUACAAUACAGCACUUAGUGUUUCAACCAUCUCUCUCAGUAGAAAGCCAUACAGAGCUCCCUGACAUGAAUCUUAAGUUUGGUGCUGGGCAUUCACCACCAACCAUUGAGGAAGGAGCCCCUAAGAAGAAAGUACAUAAGGACUGGAGGAACAAGAAGAUUCCAACUGAAGACUUCUCACCUGGCAGGAGACACAACUAG